AUGGCGGCAAAUGAAGAAUCCACAAGUAAUAAUUCUCAAUCAAAUAACAAUGUGAGUUUGUUCUAUAAUGAUCCUUAUUACAUUUCUAGCUCAGAUAACACUGUUAGUAAGAUUGUUCCUAUAAAUUUGAAUGGAAAUAACUUCUUGAGUUGGAAACGAAAUGUUAAAAGAGCUUUAAUGGCGAAAAAUAAAUUAGGAUUUCUUGAUGGUUCAAUCAAGAAACCUGAUGUAGCUGAUAAAGAUUUUUCACGGUGGAUGAGAAGUGAUUAUCUAGUUACUUGUUGGUUGAUGAAUUCUAUGGAUGCUGAUAUAGCUGAUAACUUCACAUAUGUUGAUAAUUCUGAACAAUUGUGGUAUGAAGUUUGUGAAAGGUUUGGUCAGACAAACGGAUCGCAAAUAUAUCAACUGAAAAAGGAACUUGAUAAUUUGCGACAAGAUAAUAUGUCUGUUGUUGUGUAUUUUGGCAAAAUGAAGAAAUGUUGGGAUGAGCUACAGAAUCUACGCACUUUUCCUACAUGUUCUUGUGGAUUACUUGCUAAAUGUAGUUGCAAUUUUAUGAAGAAAUUGAUUGAUUUUGAUGCUGAAGAAAAAUUAAUGCAGUUUCUAUUAGGUCUUAACAGUAGCUUUGAGAAUGGCAAAGGUCACACAAAAGAUCAAUGUUUCAAGAUAAUAGGAUAUCCUGAUUGGUAUAAUCCUAAGAAAAACAACAAAAUUGGUGGAAAAGUUGCUGCAAAUGUCACUGCUAUUGCAGAUUGUGAGUAUGAAGAUACUCCUUUAGAGUUUAGGUCUGCUGGACCUGGUGGUAGUUCUUGUGCUAGUCCUGGUGCUGUUAUGGAUUCUGGAAUGGUGAACACUAUUGUGCAAGAGGUAAUGAGAAGUCUGAAAGGCAAGCAGCAAAACUCUGGAGACUCAUCUGCUUAUGCUCAUUCUGCCAGAGUUAACAAAUGUGAUCAGAUGAUUGCUGGAGAACCUUAUGCUCAUAAUGCAGGUAAAGUUCCUGUUCAUAUGCCUGAUUCUAGUAGUUGGAUUAUAGAUUCAGGGGCUACUGAUCAUAUGACACAUGAUGCUAGUUUAUUUUGUCGAAAAAGAAGACUUAAUAAGGUUUUUGAAGUUGGUUUACCUGAUGGUAAUUGUAGUUAUGUUCAUGAAGUUGGGGAUGUGAUGCUUAAGUGUGGUAUUAUGCUUACAAAUGUGUUACUUGUUCCUACUUUUACAUAUGACUUGCUUUCCAUAGGACAGUUACUUGUUGAUGGUAAAGUUCACGUAGAAUUCACAACUACAGAAUGCAUUUUUUCUCAUUCUAACUCUCAUCAAAUUCUUGCUAAAGGACAGAAAAUUAGAGGUUUAUAUUUCUUGAUCUCUAAUGCUCUUAGUUCUUCUGUAAAACCUUCUUUUCACAACUCCUUUGCUUCUCAUACUUCCACUUCUAAUCUGCAUAUUAUGCAUGCUCGACUUGGUCAUGUCUCCCUCUCUAAAAUGAAACAUAUUCCAGAAUGGUACAAAUUAUAUAAUCUAGAUACUCAUAAAGUGUUUGUUUCUAGAGAUGUAAUCUUUAGGGAAGAUGUAUUUCCUUUCAAUAUAUCCCAAUCCUCUUCUAACACAAAUGCACACAUGGACAUGCCUACUGUGUCUUAUGAUUCUCCUAUUCAUUUCACUACACAUGAUACUCCUACUCAUUCUGAUGCCUCAAAUCACAAUUAUGAGGCUUCUAAUAAUCAAUCUUCUCCUUCUCAUAUUCUUGAUAACCACUCUUCUUCUGCCUCUCCUCCUUUUAUACAUCCUAAUAAUCCUCCUGUUUCUAAUUCAGAUAUUGCUGAUGACAGUUUUUCACCCUCUCCUGUUAAUCAAAAUGAUAAUACUCUUUUAUUGUCUACUAAUACUUCCAUAGCUGAUGAUUCAGCUGAUGUUUCUACCAUACAUAUUCAUACAUCUUCUAAAAAUCCGGAUCUUACUUCUAAAACACAAAUUCCUAUCAGACAGUCUACUAGAAUUGUUAAACCUCCCACAAAAUUUUAG